AUGUUGAAAUUUCUUUAUGGCACAGGAUUCCUUAUAAGAAUAGCUCUGUUUAAUUUUCCUUCUGUGAUAGAUACACUAAGUCAACGCGUAGAGUUGUCGACGCCUGUUACUAGCUUCAAGCGAUUAACAGAAGGAGUAUUUCUAUACAAUAACAACAUUCCACCUUAUGAUGGAGGAGUAUUUCAUCAGUCACCUUUAUUAUUAUGUCUAUUCUCAUUCAUCACAACAUUUGCCCCUUUUAUUGUUCCUGUGUUAUACACAACCAUAGACGUGAUCAUUGCUUAUGCUUUAUCUAUUAUUACCACCAUUAAACAACAACAACCAGAGCCAAAGUUGAGUAUCGAAAAGACGUCCAUUUCACCUUCCACAGUAGCUGCCCUGUACCUAUUUAAUCCCUUCACUAUACUCAACUGCGUCUCCAAAUCGACCUUGAUCUUUACCAACCUCAGUAUCAUUUUAGCUAUUUUAAGUGCUUUAAGAGGAAAUAUGAAGCCAUCCAUGUUUUGGGCCUCCGUCUCUGCUUAUUUGAGCUUUUAUCCAGCCAUGCUCUUACCUGCCUUGUUGCUCUUAUUUAAUAACAAACUAUUAACCAUCUUGAAGAAGACAGCAGCCGCUGGAUCCUUUGUGGGCUGGAUAGUCAUCCUCUUUGGUCUUUCAAGACUAUUUAUUGGUUCCUGGGACUUUAUAAGACCAACCUAUGGCACUAUCCUCUUCCUGACAGAUCUGACGCCAAAUGUUGGCUUGUUUUGGUAUUUUUUCAUUGAAAUGUUUGACCAGUUUAGAUCGUUCUUCAUGAUGGUCUUUCAGUUCCAUGCCUUCAUUUUUACAAUUCCUAUUUGCAUCAAAUUUCAGCAUAAACCUCUAUUUGCCAUUACUUUUCUUUGUGGCAUCAUGGCUAUUUUCAAAAGUUAUCCAUCUAUUGGUGAUGCAUCCCUCUAUUUAGCACUUGUGCCUAUUCACGAUGAAAUUCUUAAAUACUGUCGCCACAAGUUUUUAAUCUUCAACUUGUUUGUAUAUGCAUCCAUUCUAUCGCCCAUCUUUUGGCACUUGUGGAUCUAUGCGGGGAGUGGCAAUGCUAAUUUCUUUUAUGCUAUCACGCUUGUUUAUAACCUCGGUCAAGUCUAUUUACUGAUAGAGUUAGCUUGGGCAAUGCUUAGACGAGAUUUUGAUAUAGAACAUCCAGAAGAUAUUGGGAAACCAGUCAUUCAGAAAUAA